AUGGUAGUGGCAGUGCCCCUUCUGAACGUUAGAGAAAGCCAUGGUCUGCAUCUGAGGCCAUAUGAGCGAGAAUCCAGAGAGGUGGACCGCCCACAGAGAAGCAGGAAGCCGCCAGCAUAUCUACGGGACUACGAGGUCAGUUACCCUGAGAGGUACCACGUACCCUAUGAUGACCAGACUAAGCGGCUGUCUUCUCCAGAGAUUAUCAGGUCCAUUCAUAACAUGAGAGAGGAAAAUCAGAAGCUGUCUAGAGAUGUCCAACGCCUUGUAGACAUGAUCCAAAGUGCUCCUGCAGCAUCCUCACACCCCCAGUCACUGCCUGAGCGCCAGAAGGAAACCUCUACACCAGCACCCACCAGCAUCGGGAAUGACAUAGUGGAGAACCUCAGAAGACGCUUGCAGGAGUCGGGAUUAAAGGAUGAAGAAGAUGAACAAGAUGAUAAAGUGAUUCAAGCGCAUUCACCCACGCCAGAUCAGUCACGUCGCCAUAGUGACAGAGGCUCCCCAUUACCCAUUAGAGAGAGCUACACGUUCGGUGAUAGCCCCCCUCACCGUAAAACUGAUUGGGCUGAUGUCAAGCCACGGUACAAAGAGGAGGACUACGAUCGCUAUGAUGGCCGCGCCUAUCACCGUGACGACAAGUACCGCACUUCUCCACCUCGCCCAAGUUACCCACAGUACAGUCGUGCGUACAGUUAUCCUGCUCCAUCCUACCGGCCCAGUAGUCCCAGAGCUCGUCUGGACAGCCGCUACUAUGGGUAUGAGAGGGGUUACUCACCAGGUUAUCGAGACCGACCAGAUGACUAUUACAGUUCUGGAUAUGGACGUGAAAGGAGAUCAAGGGAAGGUAGAUACUCACCUGAUCCACCACCUCGAUCACCACACCGAUCAGGGUCCUAUCGCGGACCCAAGCCGACUAUCCCAGACUUUAAGACAGAGGAUCCACGUGAGUUUGCAAGACUGAAACUGGCCCUGGACAACCUACUCUCGUAUGAUGCUUCGGAGCACUUUAAGUUUCAAAUACUCACAGAUCAUCUCAAAUGUGAGGAGGCACUACUUAUCGCUGACUCCUACAGCAACAGUCCGUACCCAUUCACGGAUACCAUGAGAGCACUCAACGAGAUGUAUGGCCAACCUCAGCAGCUAGCUCUGAAGAGGAUUUCCAAUCUGAUGGAUGGGCCCAACAUAAGGACUGGAGACAUUAGAGCAUUCAAGUCAUUUGCUCUUCAAGUUCGUGCACUAGUUGGGAUGCUACACCAGCUAGGAAGGGAAGGUUACGCAGAGCUGAGAUGCGGCUCACAUGUCUCUCGCCUCUUAGCCAAGUUGCCACACGACCUAAGAGCCAACUUCCACCGAUAUGUGAAUCCCAUCAACACUCCUAUUCCCACACUUCUCGACCUGGCUGACUGGCUUGAAUAUGAGGUGAGAAUUCAAGUCAGCGGUGACCAGCACAGCAGUUACUCUCCCAGAGAGAGACAAGCUCCAUCUAAGAAUCGACGUCCCGACUACAAGUCACAGAAGUCCACCACCAUUCUCCUCGGCAGUGAGUCUGUAGAGUCAAAUGAGAAAAUGGCUAGUGCUCCAGUUCCUGCCAAAGAGGGAACAAAUGAAAAGCCCAAGAAAUACUGUCCGUUCUGCGAUUCAGUGCAACACUACAUGAACCAGUGCAGCAACUUCAAACUCAUGUCAAUGGAUCAGAAGACACAGUGGAUUAAAACGCAUAACAGAUGCUGGAGAUGUGGACGUGAGCACCAGGCAGCUAAAUGCAAUCUUAAAGCUAAGUGCAAACAGUGCGAGAGGAAGCACCUGGACGUCCUCCAUGAGGUGAACACCAGCCAAAGCGCCACAGCAACUGCUAACACCAAAGCACCAGAAGCAAGCACCUGCCUUGUGAGCUCAGUGUCAGAGACCCUGUACCUUGAUCGUCCAGCCAGUAGCCGCCAAGUUUUACUCAAGUUGAGCCGAGUCAUCCUCCAUAGCGGCAAUAAGGAAAAAACCACCAGAGAGACGCAUCGUUACAAUGUUAUGUCCAAGUUUCAGCUGAGAUAUUCAGUCAUUACAGGCGUCGUCACAGAUUUCGUCAAAAAGUUUGAGUGUGUGGACGACGGGGAAGAGCAACUGUCAGUCCUGAGUUAA